AUGGCUCUGCACUACAUCCCCAUCUUCUUCCUCCUAUUCGUGAGUUCGUUCUGCAAAUCCGAUGACCAGCUCACACAAGCAAAGCCACUCGCCCAUGGCGACAUGCUCAUUUCCGAGAGAGGGGACUUUGCUCUUGGCUUCUUCUCCCCGACAAGCUCCAACAAGAGUUUUUACCUCGGUAUAUGGUAUCACAGCCUCCCCGGGCCACGGACCGUCGUGUGGGUCGCCAACCGAGACAAUCCAAUCGCCAACCCUUCGUCGGUGAUGCUCAUGGUAACUAACAAUUCUCGCAUGGUAUUAUCUGACACCGAAGGCCGUAAUAUUUGGAUGGCAGGAAGCAAUAUCACUUCUGGGGCGGCAGGAGCUUAUGCAGUACUACUCAACUCAGGGAACUUUGUCCUCCGGUCGUCAGACGACCAGGACAUAUGGUUGAGCUUCGAUCAUCCAACCGACACCAUCCUUCCAAGCAUGAGAUUUUUGGUGAGCUACAAGGCACAAGUCGUCAUACGUAUUUUUGCUUGGAAGGGCCGGGAUGACCCAUCUUCUGGGGACUUCUCAUUCAGCAGCGACCCUAGUUCCCCAGGCCUUCUGUUGGCAACCUGGAAUAAGACCAAACCAUACUGCCGCAUCACUGUGUGGAGUGGUGUCACAGUGUCCGGUGGCACCUACCUAACCAACACCAGCACCUUCUUAUAUGAAACUGCUCUCAACUCUGGAGAUGAGUUCUACUUCAUGUUCACAAUCUCCGACAACUCACCGUUCACGCGCAUGGUGCUUGAAUACACUGGCAAGUGGAAGUUUUUAACAUGGAACAAUCACUUGUCAUCAUGGGAAAUCAUCGUUGAACACCCGGCUGCUGCAUGCGAGCUCUAUGCCUCGUGUGGCCCAUACAGUUAUUGCGACUUAACUCAAAUCGUCCCAGCUUGCCGAUGCCUUGAUGGGUUUGAGCCCACUGAUGGCAUUAACUUCUCUAAAGGAUGUCGGAGAAAGCAAGCAUUGAAAUGCGGCAAACAAAGUCAUUUCAUGACCUUGCCGGGGAUGAAGGUUCCUGACAAAUUCUUGCAUAUACAGAACAAAACCUUGGAUGAGUGCGCGGCUGAGUGCAGCCGCAACUGCUCAUGCACGGCUUACGCUUAUGCUAACUUGAGCAUAUCUGGUGCUAUGGCCGACCCAUCAAGGUGCUUGGUUUGGUCAGGGGAGCUUAUUGACAUUGGGACGAAAACCACCGGCGAGAACCUGUACCUCAGACUUGCCGAUUCUCCAGUUGACAAGAAGAGAAAUUUAGAAAGGAUUAUACUACCGAUUAUGACAUUCCUGCUGCUCCUAGCAUCCAUAGCCCUCGUGUGGAUGUACAAAUACAGAGAUAAAUGGCGAAAGAAGGAAAACCAGAAGAAACUGAAGCUUGGAUACUUUAGCGCAUCCGACCAACUCGAAGAUGAAAAUACAGAAGUUCCAUUUGUUAGUUUUGAAGACACCCUUUUGGCAACAAAUUGUUUUGCUGAUGCCAACUUGCUUGGACGCGGAGGCUUUGGCAAAGUUUACAAGGGAACACUCAAAGGUGGAGACAAUGUUGCUGUUAAAAGGCUAAGUAAGGGUUCUGGACAAGGAACAGUCGAGUUUAGAAGUGAGGUAGUUCUAAUUGCCAAACUGCAGCACAAAAACCUAGUCCAACUUCUUGGGUGUUGCAUUCAUGAAGAUGAGAAGUUACUAAUCUACGAAUACUUACCUAAUAAAAGCUUGGAUGCCAUUCUUUUUGAUACUACACGAAAACAUGUGCUUGAUUGGUUGACACGGUUCAAAAUAAUUAAAGGAAUAGCAAGAGGUCUUCUUUAUCUCCAUCAAGAUUCAAGAUUAAGAAUAAUUCAUAGAGAUCUAAAAGCAAGCAAUAUCUUGUUGGACACAGAAAUGACUCCCAAAAUUUCAGAUUUUGGUAUGGCAAGAAUUGUUGGUGCAAACCAGCACCAAACAAGCACCAACCGGGUUGUCGGGACAUAUGGUUACAUGUCACCAGAAUAUGCAAUGGGGGGUGCGUUUUCUGUGAAAUCAGACACUUAUAGCUUCGGUGUUCUUCUCUUGGAGAUUGUUAGCGGCUUGAAGAUUAGCUCGCCUCAGCUCACAUCAAACUUUUCUAGCCUUAUCACUUAUGCAUGGAGACUAUGGGAAGAUGGAAAUGCCACUGAAUUUAUGGACUCUUCGUUUGCUGCAAGUUGCCCACUUCAUGAAGUUCUACGGUGUAUUCAUGUGGGAUUAUUGUGUGUUCAGGACCAGGCUAAUGAUCGACCAGUAAUGUCGUCGGUUAUGUUUAUGUUAGAAAAUGAAAGUGCAUUGCUUCCGGCUCCAAAGAAACCUGUAUAUUUUGCUCCAAGUGAUUGGGCAGCUGGAGAAGCAAUGGACAACACAGAGAACUCCUUGAAUGCAAUGAGUAUCACAACAGUCGAGGGCCGUUAA